CGGCGGCUGCGUAUGUAUGUAUAUAUGCAUAUUUCACCACGAUGUUCCACGUUGGAAAGAGAAACGAUCCGCUUUGAAAGAUCACCGCACGUAUACAGCAAGGCCUGUUACAGCAUUGUGCCCCGAUUUCCCCUCACUUCAGAACAAGGUCAAUCAAUCGGGCGCGCGGAUUCUUCUCGGUCUUCACAUAAACGAUGAAAAUAUAAAGUUGCCAUGAGCUCGAAACGGAUUUCAUGGGGGCGAAUAUUACUGUAUGGUCUGGUAAUCCUCGUCCUGCCCCACAGCGCGUCCCGAUCAAGACUUCAGUGGUUCGAGUCUCCGACAUGAGCAACGCGGCAUUGAUCGAUCCCUUUUUUGUAAUGACCAACCCGAG